AUGCGCCAUCCGCACCCAAAAGACGUGCAUUUUCUGUGGAGGCGUGCCGUGAGCGCAGUGCUGGCGGGGGCAUUUCUGGUGCUGGCGCGCGGUUUAACGCCCAAGGAAGCCUGGGAACGUGUCCUUGCAGUGUGUGACACGCCAGAGAGCGAUGCGAAGGCUGCAUGGGAUCGCUUCCCCCCACCGUUUUCCAACACAGGAGAGACAGGGCCUACGUCUCUCACGGUAUAUGACUGCUUGCGAGGCCUGGCAGCCGCUCGGGAACAUAGCUGGCUGGAGGACUUUCACUUUUUUGAUGUAGAAGCCUGGAAGCUUAUGCGCGAGAAGUUCGACGCUUCUUGGCUGAUCCCAGGCGAAAUUUUGGCGAUGGCGAACCCAUUGGGCACUUCACAGAAUCCACGCUUUCCAGGCUUACUGGAGAGAGGACCUCCACCAGAUCAACGGCUGCCAGACGAGUGUCUGACAAGUUCAGACUCGGGUGGCAGCAUCGCAGAACACGUUGAGGACGGUGUCUCAAAGGAUCGAAGCUCCGCAGAAGGCUUGUUGAACAUUCCCGCAUCGGACGAGAUCCGUCGAGGUGUGUCCUGGAAGCUUCCCUUCUCCAGGUCAGCGGAGCACGAACGUCUUGAAGCGGACACCUUCAUUUCCUUGAUGCUGCGGAGCAAAGUCUUUGAGGUCACAAGGCUCAACUACGAUUAUGAGUGCAAGGAGCAAGACAAAUACGAGAAGGCGUUCAUGAGGCAAGGCGUUCGAGUGCACCAUCUUCCGUUCACGGACGGUGACGUCCCCUCCAAGGCUGUUGUCAGUGAGUUCUUGAAGCAAUGUAAAAAGGCCUUGAGCAAAGACGGCACGAUAGCCCUUCAUUGCAUGGGAGGCAUGGGCAGGACUGGAGUCAUGGCGGGCGCCCAUGCUGCCGCACAUCAUCAGGUUGAUGGGAAAGCUUUCCAUGGUUGGACUCGAAUAUGCCGGCCCGGCACAGUGCAGACGGUGAAACAAGAGGAGUUCCUGCGCGGCUUGGACUGCGGGGAGGCUGUGCAUCGUGCUUCCAGUGUCAGGACACUGCUGGGACGAAUCAGGUGUGGCUCCAGCUGA